AUCAUCACAACUCCCACCACACCAAGCUGUCCAAUUUGUUUGCAAAAACCAACCGCUGCUCGUGUGACCAAAUGUGGUCAUACUUAUUGUCUUUCAUGUAUUCUUCAUUAUUUAAUGUUGAUUGAUGAGAAGGAUAGACCUAAUAAGAAGUGGCGUAAGUGUCCCAUUUGUUGGGAUGCUGUGUACGCCAAAGACCUCAAGAGUGUACGAUUUUGGUCCGUAAGAAAUAUUGGAAAAACCGAAGAUGGAGAAGCGGUUAAGGGAGGUGAAAUGAUCACAAUGCGCCUCAUUCAACGAAAUGCUAAUUCAACAAUUGCACUUCCUCGUUCGUCCACUUGGAUACUUCGUGACGAUGCGCUUUCUAGUUCUUCUGCUCCUUGGCAUUUUAUCCCAGAUGUCCUUAUUUUCUCAAAAUUGAUGCUCGCAUCGCUAGAUUACAUGAAAAAAGAGUACAAUCGAGAUCUGGAAGACCUUCAAAGUGCGCUACAGGAUGUCAAAAACUGGAAUUCGGACGAUGAAAUUCCAUUUAUUGAAAUGGCUAUUGUCAAUGUUAAGGAACACUUAGAAAAUUUUCAAAAGUUGUCAAGUGAUGAUGUUAUUCAGGCUGAAUGGCGUGCUCGUGAAUUAAUUAAUAACGUUGAAUCUAAUCGU